UCGGAUGGUCACUGCAUAGAACAGAGAGAGUAUCAAGACGCCAGCUCUCCCUUUUGAUCCGGGAGCACUUCAGGGCUAGACACCAGAGCCCUGGGAAGCAGGAGAAAUCGCGGUCGAUUUCACUUCCCUCACUUCUCCACCUCCCCCUCUCCUUCCUCCCCGACAACUGGCCUCAGAGAAUGCCGCCUUUCCUGCUCCCUCUCCUCUCUAUUCUGACUAUGGCGGAGCUGGGGCUCCCAGCCUCCCCAGCUCUGCAGCCUGGAGGCAGCCAGUGCAUUGAGGACGACUGCUAUGCUGUCUUCUGGAGUCCGGAGCAGUUUACUGGGGCGAACCUGGUCUGCCAGCAGUUCGGGGGCCACUUGAUGACUGUGCGCUCCUCAGUGGCCGCGGAUGUCAUCUCUCUGCUUGCUCAGGGGGCCUCAGAAACCUCACUCCCUAACAGUCGCCUUUGGAUCGGGCUAGAGCUUGAGCAGAACUGCAGCCACGAACAGAAGGGCCAGCUGCGUGGGUUCAGGUGGGUCACAGGCGAUAACAGCACCAGCUACAGUAAGUGGAAGCACAGUGGCCGUGGCGCCCUCUGCGGUCACCAGUGUGUUGCGGUCUCUGAGGAUUCUGCUUCUGGCUCCGUGGAACUGGUCUGGGAGGAGCAUUCCUGUGACUUGGCCACGGAGGGCUUUCUCUGCGAGUAUAACUACCCCGGAUCUUGCAAACCCCUCAACCUGGAGCCCAGUAUCGGGGCCAAUGUCACCUACAGUACCCCUUUCGGGGGAAAGGGAGCUGACUUCCAGGCGCUGCCCCUCAACAGCCACGCCUUGGUAGUGCCUCUUGGUUUGGAUCUUGUAUGUAAGAAGGUGGAGGAGACUCCUCGCUGGAGCCAGGAGAGCUUGGGACCCUGGGACUGCCGGGUGGAGAAUGGAGGCUGCUCACAGAUUUGCAGAGAGGACAGAGGGAACCCUGAGUGCCUUUGCUCACAGGGGACUCUUUCAAAGUCCGACCUGCGCUCUUGUCUGGCUGAGGGCGACUUGUGCAACCCUGGGCGUUGUGAGCAGUAUUGCCAUCUCAGCUCAGAAGCUCCAGGAGGCUACACUUGCAUGUGUGACUCGGGUUACUACCUGGACGAGGACGGUCAUAGUUGCAUAGACGUCGACGACUGCGCACUGGACCCCAAUCCUUGCCCGCAGAAGUGCGUUAACACGCUGGGAGCCUUCAAGUGCGAGUGUAACCCGGGCUUCGAGCUGCUGGACAGCGAGUGUGUGGAACUGCUGGACCCUUGCUUCGGGAACCAGUGCCAACAUAAGUGUUUACCUUUGGAGGGGAGCGCCUAUCGCUGUAUCUGCGAAGAGGGUUUCGUGCCCAUUCCAGACCAGCCUGACAGGUGCAUGUUGUUCUGCAACACCAGUGAGUGCCGGGCCUUAUGCAAUCCCUACAAUCCGGACGACUGCAAGUGCCCGGACGGCUACAUUUUGGAUGAACAUCAGAUGUGCAGUGACAUAGAUGAUUGUGCAGCAGGGGAAUGCCCUGGGGGUGAAUGUAUCAACCUUCCUGGCAGCUUUCAAUGCAUCUGCGGGCCACUAUACACACUCAGUAGGACAAGGCAGGAGUGUAUUCCUGUAGAAAUUGACUCCCAUGAUGAGGGUUCAGGAACAAUCCCAUCCACUGAGGCUUCAGGUCCCACAACUUCCUCACCCGUGGCAGAACCUAUCCAUUCAGUCGUGCUCAUUGGCAUCGCCGUCAGCAUCUUAUCCAUUGUCACGGUGCUUCUUGCCACCAUCUGCCACUUAAGGAAAAAGCAGUGUGCUGCCCGGGCUACGCUGGAUUACAAAUGCGCAGGCCCCACCAAAGAAGAGGUCUUGCAGCAGGUGCGCACGGAGUCAGUCCCUCAGAAACUCUGAAAGAUCUGACUUAUGCUCCCCUCAAGAAUCCAGGACCAAGGGCCCAAGGACAGCUUCAGUCCCAGAGCAGAGAUGAGGGGAGCUGAGUAAACACAGAUAAGCUUGAUGGCAAUAAUUGGUAUUAAUAACGACUUAAUCCCUUCUCCUCCCCACUCAGUCUUCUGCUCUCUGCUACAUUACUCCCUCAACACACAGCACCUUAACUUGUUUUUUUUUUCAGAUCUGGGGAGACAUUAUUGCCAGAAACUUCUUUCCCAGAUGUAAGGGAAUCUAGUGGGUUAUGGGACCCACACUUAGGGAGUAGUAUGUAAAAGCUCAUAACAGUGACCAGCCAUGGUGAACACUAUGGUUAUCAGUGAGAAGAUUGUAAAGUGUUUAAUACAGAUUACCAAAAUGACUUAUGACCAUAAUUCAGAUACUUCAAAACUGUUCUCCUAUUUCUUGUAGCCCCAAUUCUGCCACCUUUGAGUGGAUUGGAAUAAAUUUGGAAUUCCUUGGUGGCAUUUAGGAUAUUUAUUUUUUUCCAAUUAUCUAUACUCCAUCUUCCUUUUCAUUUCUUAUUUUCAUUUUUAAAAGAAAAAAUCUCUAGCUUUCUCUUUAUAGAUCUCAAACAAGAAUAGGAGUUCCUAUUAGCAUAUUAAAAAAACUACUUUAUUAUAUAACUUUAAGCUUUCUCUGUGAAUUUAUAUUAUUUAUAGCUCUCACAAAUGUGAAAUCAAGACCCCCAUUUGUUCUACUAUUCCUUGCCCUAUACCAACCUUCCCUCAACUUCUGAGAGCUAGGAUAACUUUUACCUCAACAAAUUCAGACUUCAAGCAGGAUGCCUUUCUGUCCUUUCAUAAGAACCCUAUUCUUAUCUCUCUCGGCUCAGGCAGUUAGUCUUGGCCAAAAAAAAUAACCACAGUGGGGAAAAUAGGCAUUAAAAAAACAAUUCUUGUAAAUUGCUACUCAAAUCUUCUACUUAUAUGGGCAGUAUAGAUUCAGUAAAGUUAGUAUGUACAAAGUUUAAGUUACUUUGCUGGAUUGGAACAGAAAUAAAUCCAAAUCUCACUGUAUCUAUCUUGUUUUAGGAUCUGGUUUGUAAUUGAAUUGGAAUGCCAAUGUUAUUGUUUGAUUUUCUUUGUGCUUACCUUUUGUCUUAUGUGAUGGUGAAAAUGCUGAGAAUGUUGCUUUCUCAUGGGGAGGUGGGGUGGAACUGAUGUAAAAGUGCAGGGAAGAGCGAUAUCAGUGCUGGAUUUGAGCUCAGGAAAGUUGGAGCUGAAUGACCCAUUUUAUUGCAUAUUUCUGUGAGGAAAAGUUAGAGCUGAGGGCAUGUGACAACAGAAAAACACUGACAAGGAAACUACUAAACCUUGCUGUUGACAGAAAGCAUUUUUAAGGGGUAGGAGAAUCAGGGGAGAGCCUACAUCAUCAAAAUUGUAAGCCUUCAUUUAUCAGUCUCCCAGGAAAACUUUACUCACCCUUUCAAAUUGCUUCUAUAGACCCAGAUUUUAAAUCUCUGGAAAUUCUCAAACAGAGAUCAAUAAGGAAGGAAUAAUAGGUGAUCUGGGGCUUUAUUUUAAAGACAGAAAGUUUUAUCUGACAGGCUACCUUUCUUGUAGAAAUGACCAGGUACAUAUAACUUGAGACUGCUAUGUCAGGUUGGAGAAUGUUUUUUGGUCCAGUUAAGCUAGGUUGAUGAAAUUGUUCUUCAGCUGUUGAAAAAGAGCAAAUGUGUUUUGCAAAGUACCUUUUUUUUUUCAGUAUAGUUUUUCUCUAAAGUUUUGUAAACUUGGCACAUUUGUAAAUAGUUAUUUAUUUAUUGGAAACAAAAAUAGGGUACCAGCAAAAGCCUGGUUCCUGAUUUCACUUGUAGAAAAUAAAAGUUUUACAAUUGUUUGUGUUAA